CUGAAUUUGUAGCAGCAUUAAACAGGAGCUUGUCUACAGAGCUGAGCCAGAGAAUAUUUUGAGUAAUUAAGCAACUAAAACAACAGAAGCCUGGAAGAUGAAGACCUUCAAAUUCACUGUUGCAGUGGUUUUGCUCGCCUUUGUUUUGAUAAAGGACAGUUAUGCCUGGCCAUCGAAAUAUUCUUAAGAGAUCUUCAUUUCACGAAUACUGUAGGAGCCGGAUGAGAGAUAUGAAGAACAGGUGGACCAUUUUGCUGAAAACAGACACAGAAGGGAGGCGAAAGAUUGUCGCUGGUGCUGUGACUGUUGUGCUUUUCAGCCUGGACAGUGUGGUCUCUGCUGCGACUGGUGACUCCAGGAAACUCUACUUCCGUAUCCUCAUCAAUCUGUGUUGCCUCAAUAAAAUUUGAUACACAGUAGAAA